ACAGCGAGAAGGGUCUGAACAGAUUGUCCUGCAGCCUGGAGUCAUGGGACAGACAUACAUCUCCUUCACCCUCUCUUUAAUGAUGACUGUGGGAGAUUAACAUAGCUUGCACCUGUUUCGGUGUGUGCAUGUAGAGCCCUACUUCAUUGUCUACUCAUUGGCAACUCUGCAGAAAGGCACCUAGAAUCAGGAUUGUAGCCGCACACUGAAGUAUAAGAACUGCAUCUGAAUCAUGGGGAACAUUUUUGGGAAUUUGCUGAAGAGCCUCAUAGGGAAGAAGGAGAUGAGGAUCUUGAUGGUGGGGCUCGAUGCUGCAGGAAAAACAACAAUACUCUACAAGCUGAAACUGGGGGAAAUAGUCACCACAAUCCCAACAAUUGGGUUUAACGUGGAGACGGUGGAGUACAAGAACAUCAGCUUCACUGUGUGGGAUGUGGGUGGGCAGGACAAGAUCCGCCCCCUCUGGAGACACUACUUUCAAAACACGCAGGGUCUAAUCUUUGUGGUGGACAGUAAUGACAGAGAGCGUGUGAACGAAGCAAGAGAGGAGCUGAUGAGGAUGCUGGCUGAGGAUGAACUGAGAGAUGCAGUCCUCCUUGUGUUUGCCAAUAAACAGGACUUACCAAACGCCAUGAAUGCUGCAGAGAUCACAGACAAGUUGGGCUUACACUCCCUGCGUCACCGCAACUGGUACAUCCAGGCCACAUGCGCCACCAGCGGCGACGGCCUCUAUGAGGGUCUUGAUUGGCUGGCCAAUCAACUCAAGAACAAGAAAUAAGAAGAAAACUGGAAAAAGCCGCCAGCACCCACACCCGACCAACUUUUGAUUUGUUUUGCGAGUUAGGUACAAGGGUUUUGAUUGAUAGGUGAAAAGCAUGAUUCUGGGUUUGGGGAGACUUUAGGCUUGAAUUUUCUGUCUGUUGAGGUUCUAAUAGUUUUCAAUGCUUAUUGAAAACAGAUUGUUAUGUACUUCAUAUUUAACCAAUCACACACGCACACACGCACACGCACAAAUGCACCCUAACCGUAAGCAAUCACAGCAGACACUUUCCUGUGUCCACCUCUUGUCCUUAGGUGCAAUGUACUGUAUGUUAGUCUAUAGGUGCUGUACCAAGUCAUGUGUGACUCCACUGACUCAGCAACGAGUCAAGUGGGACUUUUUGUUGAUGUACAUCUUUCAACUGUCAUUCGUCCAUGCAAAGAACUGUUCUGUGUCAGUUGCACUUCCUGUUUUGUUUAGUUUUUUUUCUUUCCCAUGGCCAUGUUUGAGAACAAUCACAGCUGGCCGAUUCAUGUCACUAUAAUUCACUUUAAUGGUUUGCUCUCCCUUUUAAUUUGUGAGCAAUGCUGAGGCACUUUGAUACUCAGAUAAAGUGUAUGUGUGUGUGUGUGUGUGUGUGUGUGUGUGUGUGUGUGUGUGUGUGUGUGUGUGUUUGAGAGAGAGAGCGUGCACACAUCCCUUGUGUGUGUGUUUGUGUGAGCAGCCCAGUUGCUAUUAAUCCUGAACAACUCAAAAGGACUGGAGUUUCCUCACACGUCCUCUUACUGCCUCAUUUUGGAAAUCUUUUUGAUAUCUGUGGCGUGUUUCUACUCCCUCCCCCCAUGUGGCAACCUGAAGCGCCCAAGCCGCCCUUUUUAAAUAUUUUAAAAUGCACAACACGUUCUCGGCAGCCUGGUCUGCAUGCAUCCUGGUAGAUCUUGCUCACAUUGUUACAAACUGCAUGGACGUUGACGCUGUUUGUAGGUUUUCUCUAACUGCCCUCAUCGUGUUCUGGUGCUGUUUACAGUAGGACGUAGAAACUAACAGAACUGGUUUCUGCAUGUAGUCAUCAACAUGCGCUAAAUUCAGUAUAAUCAGCUUUAUGGUCUUUUAAAGUGAAAGCAGUAUAUAGGUUAACCUGCACAGCUGCUGCCUUCAGGUGUGUACAUAUGAGUACUCAAACUGCAUCAGGUUGCUCUCGCUUUUGUGUGUUUUUGUGUCAGACUUGCAUAUUGGGGUUUGGGUGUAUGACUCUGUUGAUAACUCUGUGUUGCUGAAUGUGAAUAUUGUUGAUUAAUCUAUAUAUGGCUGUGAUGAUAUUUAUUUGACAAGCAUAUUCCAGUGGUGCGUCGACAUAAUUAUGUGAAAGGAAGCAGGGUAAGCAGAUCAAUUCAUUCAUCAGCACAUCCACGACUCACUUCUGAACAGAGUAACUGCAUCAUCACUGAUACCAGCAGAAUCCACAUACUUACUGUCAAUAAAACUAUUUCUCUGUGCCAUACAUGGGUACUACUACUCGUGGAAAAUACUGUAAAUUCACUCCAGCAAGUUGUAAGUGCAUUGUUCAUAUCUUUCCCACGUUAAAUCAUGAGUUUGAUCGUUUGGGUUUUGUGGCCUUAUAUUUAGUGAUGACUUUGAAUUGAUUUCCUCUCAGCUUGUUUGGUUCUGAUUUUGAGUCACAUAUAUUUAUCUAUAAAGAAUGAUUUCCAGAUGUAUUGGGUCUAUGCCCUCAAAAGGCAGGUUUUGCACCACAGUUCAUGCAAAAGUUUUGUCCUUGUGUUUGCCAGUAUACUUCCAUGUAUUCGGUUGUAGAGUUCUUUGGUUUUCUUUGGGGUGUAAAGAAACUUUGAUGUAGACUGUGUCUGUUAAACAAUGAUAAUCCGUGCAAACAAACCCUUGGUCAUUCAUUCUGUACCGUUAUAAUUACACAAGUAGACGGUCUUCAAAACGGUGAAGACCAUGUUUCAAUGCUGCACGCUUGGAAACAUCUGUAUGUGAUGUAAGACAACAAACAAAAUCCUUCUGUGUUACAAAUAAACCCAUUUUCUUUA